AUGCACUUCACCUCUGCCGUCGUCCUCGCGGCCGCCUUCGCCGGCGUGUCUGCCCACCCUUCUGCCCACAACCACCAGAAGUUCCACGAGCGCCGCAGCGCUGACGCCGUCGAGGAGCGCGAUCUGACCUUCAUCAAGAACAUCCUCCCCUCCACGACUCCCUCUUCCACCUCUGCCGCCCCCGCCGCUACCUCUGCCGCUUCCACCGGCGGUGUCUACACCCCCUUCUGCAGCGGCUCCAACAGCAAGCGCGCCACCAUCGCCGAGAUCGCCUACUCUGGCAACACCGGCAGCGCGGACAACUGGGGCUGCAACAUGCAGAUCGUCAACGACGCCAGCGUCUCCCUCUACAACUACACCACUACCUUCACCGCGAGCGAUGCCGACUACUCUUGCUCGUGCUUCAACAAGAUCGGCCCUAAGGGCCUGAUCGACGGCUGCUGGUUCGCCGCGAUUACUUUCACCGUCAAGGAGGGUCAGUCCAAGAACGUCGCCUUCGACGCCGACUCCCAGGGCUCAUGCGCCUGCGGCUCCGGCUCCACGGUCCCCAAGACCCCCAUCGGCCAGUUCGCUGGCACCUGGCUCGAGUUCGACUGGGGCUCCACCCCCAACGGCGGCAACUCCGGUGCCGACGCCUCCGUCCUCGUCGCUGGCUCCCAGAGCAUGGCUUACUUCGGCAUGAAGGUCGCCGCCAACGGCAAGACCUGCUCCUGGGUCAAGUCUGACGGCACCAACGAGGGUGCCUACAUGCCCGGUAUGGAGGCUGAGGAUGGUGUCGGCUGCAAGGGCUACUACAAGGGCCACCUGGACGUCACUCUCGGCGACAAGUUCACCGCGUAA